UUAUUUUUUUCUUUCACCGCGAUAAAGAAAUACGUAAUAAUCAAUUUUUUGAAGAAAAACAAAGAACCGGGGCUUAAAAGAACCCGUACCUACACAAUAGACCGCGCGCAGUCAGUGGAAACAUUGAAAAUCAAAGAGAAUCGAAGAGAAUCGAAGAAAACAAAAACAAUAGCGCGCGCAUCCUUUUUUUCCAACUUUUUUUCUCAUGGCUGCGGCAAAUAUAAAGUAUCGCGUGCCGCAACGCACAAGAGAAACCUAUAUCCCUCAUCAUGGACCCAAUAUUUACAUCAGGGAGAUGAGAGUAUUACCGGAUUAGCCGGGGCGCGCGCGCCUGACCCCCGUGGCUUUUCGAUUAUGCGAGCUCUGCUGCACUUGGGUACCUACAUCUGCGCGCUCUUCAGACGAUCUGCCUGGCCGUGUACCUCUAUAGCCGCGCGACAAGGAGACGAGCCGGUAUCAAUUACAUUGUUGUUAUUGGGGCAUAAACGAGCCGAGGGCGAGAUGCGGCCGGCAGAUAAUAAUACACUGGCAUAAGAGCAUACGCAACAAAAGCCAGCCGCAGGGGCAAGUAGGUAAUGGGCGAGCGAUGGGGCCCGUGCCGUAUGUAUACUUGUACGAGAAGCGGCGAAAACCAGCGAGGCGCGCAAAACGCAGCGCGAUAGCCAUCGCCGGCGUUUCGCCGCCCUGUGCAACUAUGCGACUAAUUUGGUUUUGCCGCUGCGAAAUGGAUAUGUUGUAUAUACGUUUGUACGUUAGCCCGCCGAAUAGUAAGGGCCUAGAGACUCCCGGGGCCAGGGGUUGCCUUUCAGUUGCGAGAUGAGCGAGCCAGCGCAAGGAGCGCAGAGGCGCGCUACCAGUGAUUUCAGUAUCGAGAGGAUUCUCUCCAAGGAUGUGCCUUCUUCGUCUUCGCCGUCCUCUUCUGCUUCGACGGCAACCGUCGGGCCCGCGCAAUCGACGUAUCCGAGCUUUGCGCUGCAGAAUCGACUCGAGUGGCUGAGGAGCUUUUGCAAACUGCCGACGCCAGCGGAACCGAGGCCCAGCGAAGAUCCAGCCACGGCGGGCAUUCCCGCUAUCGACAAUCGACCAUCGAAACAGCCCGAUAAAUCGGAUCCGACGCAACUGAAUAGCGAAGAACUAUCUUGGCUGAGGUGUACGAGAUAUCGCCCGCCCAAAUUGCCGAGAAAAUCCAGUGCUGGUAAAAUUUUCAAAAGAAAACCCGGCUCACAUCCUCGUAUACCAUUCACGAAAUACCAAAUAGAGAUACUAGAAAACAGAUACAGAAGCAGCUCAUAUCUAUCGAGGGAUGACGUUGUGAACUUGUCGGAUUUGCUACAUCUUCCGCAGAGUAGAGUAUGUACAACUCGAUUCUUAAGAUCCAAUAUUAAGAAACUAAUACUUCUAUUCUUACUAAAUAUGUUUUUAUUUCAAUUAAUCGUUUGAAUAUUAUCGCAGUAAAAUAUAGAUUACAGAUUUUAGCUUAAAAAAAUCCAAGUAUCUGCUUGCAAUAAAUUACGGUUUUCUUCAAUGUCAAAGAAUUUUCCAUUCUUUUGAAUUUAUAAAAAUAUUUAUGUGUCGUACUCGUGUAAUAUCUGUCAAUGAAUAGUUUUAUUCUUAUAAACUUAAUUAUCUAUUAUAGAUAAAAAUAUGGUUUCAAAAUCGACGCGCCAGAGAAAGAAGAGAAUCUCAAACGCCGGAGCAGAUGGAAACAACUAUAAGUUAAUUGUAAAAAAGUUUGUAAUGGCUUUGUGUCAAGUUGG